AUGUCCAGCCCAGAUCAAAAGCGUCUAUGGCAUACGGAACAUCAGAUCUACGAUAAAUAUCUCACCCAGCCUCCCUACAGCAAUAAACUAGGCCAGCAUUUUUUUGACGUGCUAGCGAAGCGGCUUGACGAAUUCCCUACCACCGAGUGGACUACUAUCAACCUUUUCAACUUUAUAAGAUAUACUAUACCUGAGUGUGCCGUUAACACCAUGUUUGGACCUCGAAUGCUUGAACUUAACCCAGGCCUUGUUGAUGCUCUCUGGGACGUAGAUGCCAACCUUGGGAAGUUAGUCUGGGGUUUACCUAGCUUUAUUACCCCUCGGCCGUAUAAGAUGCGAGAUAAACUGCGUGCCAUGAUGGCGAAGUACCUUAACGCUGCAUGGGCUAAUUUUGACUGGAAUGGGCCUGAUGCAGAUUCAGACUGGGACGUUCACUUCGGUGCACGAGUUUCUCGGGAGAUAGCAAUAUGGAUGAAAGAAAACGACCUCUCGAUCGAAACUGCCUCCGGCCACACCAUGGCGAGGUUGUUUGGAAUCAAUGGAAACAGUGUCCCGUCGGUGACGUGGGCCAUAAUGGAAUCUCUGCAGAGACCUGGGCUUCUACAAGAUUUACAAGUCGAAGCUCAAAAAGCCAUUACGGUUGACGCAAAUACCGGAGAACGCCACAUUAAUACGCAAAAGCUUCUCGCAUCACCAUUAUUCCAGGCCAUCUUCCAAGAGACCUUACGCAUGCACACAUCAUUUAUGCUAACACGAGAGGCUCGGGAACCUAUUUCCAUUGGUGGCUAUCGUAUAGAAAAGGGGUCGCUAAUACAGGCUCCCACGGACGUAGCUCACUAUGAAGAGGCUGGGCUAUCAACGGCCACCCAGCGUCAGAGUUCUGGCCGGGGAGGCAUAUUCGGCUAG